AUGGGGUUGAAGCGAAGCCGGGGUGAAGGUUCUGUUGCAAAAUGUGAAAAUGAGGGUGAAGUUCUACAGAUUCCAUUUAUCACAGACAACCCUUGCAUAAUGUGUGUGUGCUUGAACAAAGAAGUGACGUGUAAGAGAGAGAAGUGCCCAGUGCUGUCCAGAGACUGUGCGCUGGCCAUCAAGCAGAGGGGCGCCUGCUGUGAGCGAUGCAAAGGUUGCACCUAUGAAGGAAAUACCUACAACAGCUCCUUCAAAUGGCAGAGCUCAGCUGAGCCCUGUGUCCUGCACCAGUGCCAGGAAGGUGUCGUUACACAGUCUGAAGUCCGCUGUGUUGUUCACUGUAGAAACCCUUUGGAGCAUCUGGGAGCCUGCUGCCCGACUUGUCCAGGCUGUGUGUUUGAAGGUGUGCAGUAUCAGGAAGGAGAGGAAUUUCAUCCAGAAGGAAACAAGUGUAUCAAGUGUUCCUGUGUUGGAGGCAGGACACAGUGCGUGAGAGAAGUCUGUCCCAUUCUCUCUUGUCCCCAGCACCUUAGUCACACACCCCCAGGACAGUGCUGCCCCAAAUGUUUGGGUCAGAGAAAAGUGUUCGACCUUCCUUUUGGGAGCUGCCUCUUUUGCAGUGAUGUUUAUGACAAUGGAUCCUCUUUUCUGUAUGACAACUGUACAGCAUGCACCUGUAAGGACUCUACAGUGGUAUGUAAGAAGAAGUGCUCUCCCCCUGGUAGCUGUGACAAAGCCAAGGAGGCCUGCUGUGAAGAGUGCCUUCUUCGAGUGCCCCCAGAGGAUGUCAAAGUGUGCAAGUUUGGAAACAAGAUUUUCCGGGAUGGAGAGAUGUGGUCCUCUGUCAACUGCACCAUCUGUGCUUGUGUGAAAGGCAAGACCGAGUGCCGCAAGAAGCAGUGCAUUCCCAUCAGCAGCUGCCCACAGAUCAUCCAGGAUAAGCUCCCUGAUAAAGGUUUGGAAAUAUCCUGGGAUGGAGACAGUUUUGUAGAGGUCAUGGCUGCCCCUCAUCUCAAGGGCAAAUUGUGUGGCCUGUGUGGCAACUACAAUGGACACAAACGUGAUGACUUAAUUGGUGGAGAUGGAAACUUCAAAUUUGAUGUGGAUGACUUUGCUGAAUCUUGGAGGGUAGAGUCCAACAAGUUCUGCAACAGACCCCAGAGGAAACCAGUUCCUGAGCUGUGUCAAGGGACGGUGAAAGUAAAGCUCCGAGCCCAUCGGGAAUGCCAGAAGCUCAAAUCUUGGGAGUUUCAGACCUGCCACUCAACAGUGGACUAUGCUACUUUCUAUAGGUCCUGUGUGACAGACAUGUGUGAAUGUCCAGUGCACAAAAACUGUUACUGUGAGUCAUUCCUGGCAUAUAYGCGGGCCUGCCAGAGAGAAGGCAUCAAAGUCCACUGGGAGCCUCAGCAGAACUGUGCAGCCACCCAGUGUAAGCAUGGUGCCGUAUACGAUACCUGUGGCCCCGGAUGUUUCAAAACGUGUGACAACUGGAAUGAGAUUGGUCCAUGCAAUAAGCCAUGUGUGGCAGGUUGCCACUGUCCAGCAAACUUGGUUCUCCACAAGGGAAGGUGCAUCAAACCAGUUCUUUGUCCUCAGCGGUGACCUCUGUUCCAGUCUUUAAGACUUUGAAAUCUGGUGUCCUUGACACUG